UUUGGCCUGACUGCCGACUGAAGUUCAUUACGGAGUUCAAAAUAAAGUAAUAAUAAAACAAUAAACAUGUAAAGUUGUAGUUUUACAUGUAAACAUGUAAAGUUGUAGUUUUCGAAGAGAAAAACAUAUCAAAAUGAAAACUGUUGACACAGUGAACGUCGAUAAAUACAGAAAAUUAGUUCAAACUUACAUAGACCUACACAUAUACAAUUCGGCGCUAUUUUGGGCCGAUAAGGUGGUGGCAGUAACAGGAAAUCCAAGAGAUGUUUACUGGCUAGCCCAGUGUAUGUAUCUGUUGAAACAAUACCACAGAGCUGCACAUUUACUUCGAUCAAACAAUCUGGAAAAGGCAGAUCUUCUCUGUACAUACUUGACUGCCAGGUGUCUAUUUGAAGCAAAUGAACUUGGUGAAGCUCUCAAAGUUGUUGACAAUCUCCAGUUGAAUAAAGAUGACCUGUCUCUGCCUUCAUCCCCUACUAUUUUGUAUGGUGAAACACCAAAAAAUCAUGCCUUCUCUUCGUUUUUAUUCCUCAAAGGGAAAAUUCUGGAAGGGAUGGAUAACAGGGGACUGGCUGCCGAUUGUUACAAACAAGCUUUACAUUUCGACGUGCACUGCUUUGACGCCUUCGAUUCAUUGAUAAAGUAUCAAAUGCUGACUGCUGCCGAAGAGGAAGACCUACUGAAAUCUUUGCCGAUCGCCGAACAAUGCUCGGCCGAGGAGGGCGAAAUCCUGCAGACCCUCUACGAGUCCAAAAUGAAAAAGUACCACACUCCGACGCUGGCCAAAUCGAACGAGAGCCGGAUACUGUACAGCAACACUCCUUUGACGAACAAUCGGCUCGUCUACAAAUUGAAUCUCACGCCUGAUCCGAUGAGGUCCCUUCCCACCACCCCGAUGGCGGCCAUGUCCACCCCCACCAUCAACAGUACGCCGAACGUGGCCAAAUACAACGACAAGAACCUGAAGAAGAACGAGAUGCCGAAAACGAAGGCCGCCAGCCAACCGAUGGUGGUAGAGCCUUGCGACAACAGGAUGCUGCUCAAGCUGAAGAACAGCCUGGACCUGCAAGUGUCGGAGGCUGAGCGGUUGUACUACAACUGCGACUAUCAGCAGUGCGGUCUGUUAACGGAGGCCAUCUUGAAAGUCGAUCCCUACCACGAGGCGUGCCUGCCCAUACAUAUUUCCUGUCAGGUCGAGUUGAAGCAGAGCAACAAAUUAUUUUCUCUCGCUCAUAACUUGGUAGACUUGUAUCCAAACUUGGCUCUCUCAUGGUUCGCCGUUGGAUGUUACUAUUACAUUAUUGGGAAGAGCGAUUUCGCCAGAAGAUAUCUAGCGAAAGCGACGUGCCUGGACAGGUUGUUCGGCCCGGCGUGGCUCGCCUACGGACAUUCUUUCGCCAUCGAAAACGAACACGAUCAAGCUAUGGCGGCCUACUUCAAAGCUUCGCAGUUGAUGAAAGGGUGUCACCUGCCGCUGUUAUACAUCGGUUUGGAAUGUGGGCUCACCAACAAUGUCCGAUUGGCUGACAGGUUCUUCCAACAGGCUCAGAGCGUAGCACCUGAUGAUCCUUUUAUCAUGCACGAAAAGGGGGUCAUCGCGUUUCAAAAUUUAGAUUAUGAGGGAGCAUUGGCGAAUUUCCGAGGUGCCCUAGAAAGAGUCAAAAAAAUCAAAAAGGGAACAGUGCCUCAGAGGUGGAGCCCUUUGUUGAACAAUCUCGGUCACACGUGUAGAAAAUUGAAGAAGUACGAGGAAGCUUUGGAGUUCUUCAAUUACGUGCUCCUAUUGACACCGCUGUCUGCCGGAACCUAUUCGGCGAUUGCGUACGUCCACGUUCUGUUGGGUAAUUUGGAGGAGGCCGUGGGAUGGUUCCACAAGGCCUUGGGCUUGAAAAGGGACGAUACGUUCAGCACCACCAUGCUCAACAUCGUCAUAGAACGACUUGCCGAAGAACAACCACCUUAUCCAGAUUGUCCCAUUGAAAUACCGAAAUUCAGUGUAGAACCAAAAGGAUCGACCAUAAACGCUAGUGAGAGUAUGGUGGAGGACGCUAGCUCUGUGAUACCUAGUGUGAACAACGCAUUGUCUGACAUGAGCAUGAGUAUAGAAGUGGAUAUGGAGGAUGCAAGUAGCAUAGUUAAGGAAUAAAGUUCAAGGUUGUGAAUAUUUUUUUAAAUAAACCCUAAUAUAACCACA